CGUUUAUAUAGCAAGAUGAAUAUAAAAAUGUCUGCAUGACACAAUCAAUUCCAACAUUCAAACCCCCAAACAAACUGCUGGUACUGUAGAAUCAUGGCCUCUCAGUCAACCGCACCAAACCGCACCUCGCCACCGAGCGAGGAGCAGGCAACUGCUACAGCCCCGGCUACAGCCAGCGCUAUAGCCCCGCUGACAGCCUCAGCAACACCAACAGCCGCUGUCAACCCCAUGGCCUUCACCCCCGUGAGCCGCCCAUCCACCCCGCCAUCCCAAAUCCUGCCCAGCAACCCACCCACCCCCGCCGCCCCGGCCCGUCCCCGGUACAGACUCCCCCGAACCCUCCCGGGCCAGCCUUACCCAGCCCCCUCAACCCUCACCCAGAUGCUCCCGCCAGCCCUCACCCAAACCCUCUCCCACCCCGUUAACCCCCAAGCCCCCGGAACCCCAGCAACCCCAGCAACCCCAGCAACCCCAGCAACCCCAGCAACCCCAGCAACCCCAGCAACCCCAGCAACCCCUGAAACCCCGACAUC